CGGCUGCCCGCCCGCUUCCCGCUGGGAUAGCCGCAGCAUGGGCAGGCGGCGGUGGCUCUGGGCGCAGCGCUGCUGCUUCUUGUCGCUGUGGCUGGGCUGCCUGGCGCUGUGUGCUCAGGGAGCGGCCGGGAGGCAGCAGCGACAGCCGCAGCAGCAGCAGCAUCGGCCGGCGCUCCGCGCUCCCUCAGGAGCGGGCAGCCCCUUGGCCGCCGCCGCCGCGCACCGGGAGGAUGGGGGCGGGAGCGACGCCGGUCGGGUCCGCAGGCGAGGACAGCACGACGCGCUCCGAGGGCCAAAUGUGUGUGGUUCUAGAUUUCGCUCCUACUGUUGCCCUGGAUGGAAAACGCUUCCUGGAGGGCGUCAGUGCAUUGUUCCAAUUUGCAGAAAUAGCUGUGGUGAUGGAUUUUGUUCCCGUCCCAACAUGUGCACUUGUGCCAGUGGGCAGAUAUCGCCCACGUGUGGAUCAAGACCUGCGCAGCAGUGCAGCAUCAGCUGCAGGAACGGCGGGACGUGCGUGGAUGAGCGGUGCCAGUGCCAGAAGGGCUUCUCGGGUGCCCACUGUGAGCAGCCUGUCUGUGAGAGUGGCUGUCAGAAUGGAGGACGGUGUGUUGGACCCAAUCGCUGCGCUUGUGUCUACGGCUUCACUGGCCCUCAGUGCCAAAGAGAUUACAGGACAGGCCCGUGUUUCACCCAGGUGAACAAGCAGAUGUGCCAGGGCCAGCUGACAGGGAUUGUGUGCACCAAGUCCCUGUGCUGUGCCACCGUGGGACGGGCCUGGGGCCACCCCUGUGAGAUGUGCCCUGCCCAGCCCCAGCCCUGCCGCCGCGGCUUCAUCCCAAACAUCCGCACUGGGGCCUGCCAAGAUGUUGAUGAGUGCCAGGCUAUCCCUGGAGUCUGCCAAGGAGGAAACUGCAUUAAUUCAGUAGGUUCAUAUGAGUGCAAGUGUCCUGUGGGCCACAAACAGAAUGAGGCAACUCAAAAAUGUGAUGAUAUUGAUGAAUGCAGCGUCAUCCCAGGGAUUUGUGAGGGUGGUGUUUGCUCCAACACUGUGGGGAGUUAUUUCUGCAUCUGCCCACGGGGUUUUGUCGCAUCUGUGGAUGGAUCCUGCACUCCUGAUCAGAGAGCAGGCAGCUGUUUCUCCAGCUCUGCAAGCGGCCGCUGUGCACAGGAGCUGCCAGGGAGGUUCACCAGAAGGCAGUGCUGCUGUGAGUCUGGCCACUGCUGGGCCAGUGGCUCUGUCCCAGAGGUGUGUCCUGUCAGAGGAUCUGAUGACCACCGCAGGCUGUGCCUGGACGGUGCCCCUGCCCGAGGCGGCUCCCGGCGCGGUGGAGCAGGAGGGAAUGGGUUCCAUCCCGGGGCCAAUGGGAAUGGAUUUGGCCCAAGAGGAGCUGGGUUCAUCCCCAUCCCAGGAAGCAACGGAUUCUCCCCAGCUGGGGGGGGAGCAGGUGGUCACAGCCCCACUGGAAGUGGCCCGAUCAUUACAGGACUGACAAUACUCAAUCAGACAAUAGACAACUGCAAGCACCAUCCCAACCUCUGUUUGAAUGGACGUUGUAUACCAACCCCCUCUAGUUACAGAUGUGAAUGCAACAUGGGAUAUAAGCAGGAUGCAAAUGGGGAUUGUAUUGAUGUUGAUGAGUGCACAUCAAACCCCUGCUCCAACGGGGACUGUGUCAACACACCUGGUUCCUAUUACUGCAAGUGCCACGCAGGUUUCCAGAGAACUCCUACCAAGCAAGCCUGCAUUGAUGUGGAUGAGUGCGUUCAGAAUGGUGUUCUUUGUAAAAAUGGGAGGUGUGUGAACACUGAAGGAAGCUUCCAGUGCAUUUGCAAUGCUGGGUUUGAACUGACUGCAAACGGAAGAAACUGUGUGGACCACGAUGAGUGUGCCACCACAAACAUGUGCUUGAAUGGGAUGUGCAUAAAUGAGGAUGGGAGUUUUAAAUGCAUCUGUAAACCAGGAUUUGUCCUGGCUCCAGAUGGACGUUACUGUACUGAUAUUGAUGAAUGCCAGACAUCAGGAAUUUGCAUGAAUGGUCAUUGCAUAAAUACUGAAGGCUCAUUUCGGUGUGAUUGUCCACCUGGCUUGGUUGUUGGAGUUGAUGGUCGUGUGUGUGUAGAUACUCAUGUGCGUAGCACAUGCUAUGGGGGCAUCAGGAAGGGGCUGUGUGUCCGUCCCUUCCCUGGUGCUGUGACAAAGUCUGAAUGCUGCUGUGCCAACCCUGACUAUGGCUUUGGGGAGCCGUGUCAUCCCUGCCCUGCUAAAAACUCAGCUGAGUUCCAUGGCCUUUGUAGCAGUGGAAUAGGUAUUACUGUUGAUGGAAGAGAUAUUAACGAGUGUGCUUUGGAUCCUGAUAUUUGCUCCAAUGGGAUUUGUGAAAACCUUCGUGGCAGCUAUCGCUGUAACUGCAACAGUGGCUACCAGCCUGAUCCUGCUGGAACCAAUUGUGUGGACAUUGACGAGUGCUCUGUGAACGGGCUGCUGUGUGACAACGGGCUCUGCCGGAACACCCCGGGCAGCUACAGCUGCUCCUGCCCCAGGGGUUACCUGUUCAGCUCGGAGACAGACACCUGCGAAGAUAUAAACGAAUGUGAAAGCAGCCCAUGUGUCAAUGGUGCUUGCAGGAACAACCUUGGGUCGUUCCACUGUGAAUGUUCAUCUGGCAGCAAGUUGGACCCUACAGGACUGAUUUGUAUUGACAGCCUGAAGGGGACGUGUUGGCUUAAUAUCCGAGACAGCCACUGUGAAGUCAACAUCAAUGGUGCCACGCUGAAAUCUGAGUGCUGUGCUACUUUAGGAGCAGCCUGGGGCAGCCCAUGUGAACGGUGUGAAUUGGACACAGCUUGCUCAAGAGGAUUUGCCAGAGUGAAGGGAGUUAUCUGUGAAGACGUGAACGAGUGCGAGGUUUUCCCGGGGGUUUGUCCCAAUGGGCGGUGCAUCAACAGCAGAGGCUCCUUCCACUGCGAGUGCCCCGAGGGGCUGACCCUGGACGGCACAGGGCGAGUGUGUUUAGAUAUUCGCACGGAGCAGUGCUACCUGCGGUGGGAGGAGGAGGAAUGUGUGCAGCCCGUGCCCGGCAGGCUCCGGAUGGAUUCCUGCUGCUGCGCCGUGGGGGCUGCCUGGGGCUCCAGCUGCGAGCGCUGCCCCAUGCCCGGCUCCGAGGAACACCGGGCCCUGUGCCCCAGAGGCCCUGGCUUCUCCAACAGGGGGGAUCUUCUCACUGGCAGGCCUUUCUACAAAGAUAUCAAUGAAUGUAAAGUGUUCCCUGGCAUGUGCAUGAAUGGUAAAUGUAGAAACACAAUUGGAAGUUUCAAAUGCAGAUGUAACAGUGGGUUCACUUUAGAUAUGGAUGAAAGAAACUGUACAGACAUUGAUGAGUGCAGGAUCUCCCCAGACUUGUGUGGAAGUGGUACUUGUGUCAACACUCCUGGCAGCUUUGAGUGUGAGUGCUUUGAUGGCUAUGAAAGUGGAUUUAUGAUGAUGAAGAACUGCAUGGAUAUAGAUGAGUGUGAACGCAACCCUCUGCUGUGCAGAGGUGGCACCUGUGUGAACACUGAGGGGAGCUUUCACUGUGACUGUCCUCUGGGGCAUGAGCUGUCACCAUCACAGGAGGAAUGCUUGGAUGUAAACGAGUGCUCCUUGAGUGACAGUCUCUGCAGAAACGGCAAGUGUGUCAACAUGGUUGGGACGUACCAGUGCUUCUGUGACUCUGGGUACCAGCCCACUCCUGACAGACAGGGGUGCACAGAUAUUGAUGAGUGUAUGAUAAUGAAUGGAGGCUGUGACACCCAAUGCACUAACUCAGAAGGCAGCUAUGAGUGCAGCUGCAGUGAUGGCUAUGCUCUGAUGCCAGAUGUCAGGACAUGUGCAGAUAUUGAUGAAUGUGAAAACAAUCCAGAUAUCUGUGAUGGUGGGCAGUGUACCAAUAUCCCAGGGGAAUAUCGCUGUCUUUGUUAUGAUGGAUUUAUGGUUUCUGUAGACAUGAAAGCUUGUGUUGAUGUGAAUGAAUGUGAUUUGAAUUCCAACAUCUGUAUGUUUGGGGAAUGUGAAAACACCAAAGGCUCCUUCAUUUGUCACUGUCAAGUUGGAUAUUCAGUCAAGAAAGGAACUACAGGGUGCACAGAUGUGAAUGAGUGUGACAUUGCAGCUCACAACUGUGACGUGCAUGCCUCGUGUGUCAAUGUGCCAGGAAGUUUUAAAUGCAGUUGCAGAGAAGGUUGGGUUGGAAAUGGCAUUAAGUGUAUUGAUCUUGAUGAAUGUGCCAAUGGGACCCAGCGGUGCAGCGCCAACGCCCAGUGUGUGAACAGCCCGGGCUCCUACCACUGUGCCUGUGCAGAGGGAUUCACUGGAGAUGGCUUUACCUGCUCUGAUGUUGAUGAGUGUGCAGAGAACGUGGACCUGUGUGAAAACGGGCAGUGCCUGAACGCCCCCGGCACCUUCCGCUGCGAGUGUGAGAUGGGGUUCACCCCUGCCUCUGACAGCAAGUCCUGCCAAGACAUGGAUGAGUGCUCCUUCCAGAAUAUUUGUGUGUUUGGCACCUGCAAUAAUGUCCCAGGAAUGUUUCGUUGUAUCUGUGAUGAUGGCUAUGAACUGGAUCGAACUGGAGGAAAUUGCACAGAUAUUGAUGAAUGUGCUGAUCCCAUUAAUUGUGUUAAUGGUCUUUGUGUAAACACUCCUGGAAGAUACGAGUGUAAUUGCCCUCCAGACUUCCAGCUGAAUCCUACUGGAGUGGGUUGUGUGGAUAACCGUGUGGGCAGCUGCUACCUGAAGUUUGGACCAAGAGGGGAUGGGGGCCUGUCCUGCAACACUGAGAUUGGGGUUGGAGUCACUCGUUCCUCGUGCUGCUGCUCUCUGGGAAAGGCUUGGGGGAACCCCUGUGAGACCUGUCCACCUGUCAACAGCACUGAAUACAAUACUCUCUGUCCAGGGGGAGAAGGAUUCAGACCAAAUCCCAUCACUAUUAUUUUAGAAGACAUUGAUGAAUGUCAGGAGCUGCCAGGUCUCUGCCAAGGUGGAAAUUGCAUCAACACUUUUGGCAGCUUCCAGUGUGAAUGCCCAAAAGGUUACUACCUCAGUGAAGAGACAAGAAUCUGUGAAGAUAUUGAUGAGUGUGUUGCACACCCUGGUGUCUGUGGUCCUGGCACCUGCUACAACACCUUGGGGAACUACACCUGCAUUUGCCCACCUGAAUAUAUGCAGGUGAACGGAGGACACAACUGCAUGGACAUGAGGAAAAGCUUUUGCUACAGAAGCUAUAAUGGAACCUCCUGUGAGAAUGAACUGCCCUUCAAUGUGACCAAAAGGAUGUGCUGCUGCACAUACAAUAUUGGGAAAGCCUGGAACAAACCUUGUGAGCCAUGUCCAACUCCAGGAACAGUUGAAUUCAAGAGCCUAUGUGGAAAUAUUCCUGGCUUCACUUUUGACAUCCAUACUGGAAAAGCUGUUGACAUUGAUGAAUGCAAGGAAAUCCCAGGAAUCUGUGCCAAUGGAGUUUGCAUCAAUCAGAUUGGCAGCUUCCGCUGUGAGUGCCCCACUGGAUUCAGUUACAAUGACCUGCUCCUGGUCUGUGAAGAUAUUGAUGAGUGCAGCAAUGGGGACAACCUGUGCCAGAGAAAUGCUGACUGUAUCAACAGCCCUGGGAGCUACCGCUGUGAAUGUGCUGCUGGCUUUAAGCUGUCACCCAAUGGUGCCUGCAUUGAUCGCAAUGAAUGUCUGGAAAUUCCUAACGUUUGCAGUCAUGGCUUGUGCGUGGACGUGCAGGGAAGCUACCAGUGCAUAUGUCACAAUGGCUUCAAGGCAUCCCAAGAUCAGACUAUGUGCAUGGAUGUUGAUGAGUGUGAGCAGUAUCCAUGUGGAAAUGGAACCUGCAAGAACACAGUUGGAUCAUACAACUGCCUCUGUUAUCCAGGAUUUGAGUUAACUCGUAAUAAUGAUUGUGUGGAUAUUGAUGAGUGCAGUUCCUUUGGUCAGGUGUGCAGAAACGGACGGUGUUUCAAUGAAAUUGGUUCUUUCAAGUGUUUGUGUAAUGAAGGAUAUGAGCUUACUCUGGAUGGCAAGAAUUGUGUUGAUACCAACGAAUGUGUGGCACUGCCUGGUUCAUGCUCUCCUGGUACCUGCCAAAAUUUGGAAGGCUCAUUCAGGUGCAUCUGUCCACCAGGAUAUGAAGUAAAAAGUGAAAGUUGUAUUGAUAUUAACGAGUGUAACGAGGAUCCCAACAUCUGCCUCUUCGGGUCCUGUACGAACACCCCGGGAGGUUUCCAGUGCAUCUGUCCCACAGGUUUUGUGCUGUCUGAUAAUGGGCGGAGGUGCUUUGAUACUCGUCAGAGCUUCUGUUUCACCAACUUUGAGAAUGGGAAGUGCUCAGUGCCAAAGGCUUUCAACACCACAAAGGCCAAGUGUUGCUGCAGUAAAAUGCCAGGAGAAGGAUGGGGUGAUCCUUGUGAGCUCUGUCCAAAGGAAGAGGAAGUUGCUUUUCAGGACCUGUGCCCAUAUGGUCAUGGAACUAUUCCUGGAAUUGAUGACACACGUGAAGAUGUCAAUGAGUGUCUCGAGAGCCCAGGGAUUUGCUCCAAUGGUCACUGCAUCAAUACUGAUGGGUCGUUCCGCUGUGAGUGCCCCAUGGGGUACAACUUGGAUUUCACAGGAGUGCAUUGCAUAGAUACAGAUGAAUGUUCCAUUGGCAACCCCUGUGGAAACGGAACGUGCUCUAACGUGGUUGGCAGCUUUGAGUGCAGCUGUCACGAAGGAUUUGAGCCAGGCCCAAUGAUGAAUUGUGAAGAUAUCAAUGAGUGUGCUCAGAACCCCCUGCUGUGUGCUUUUCGUUGUAUCAACACUUACGGUUUCUACGAGUGCACCUGCCCCGUGGGAUACGAGCUACGGGAAGACCAAAAGAUGUGCAAAGAUCUAGAUGAAUGUGCUGAAGGUCUCCAUGACUGUGAAUCAAGAGGCAUGAUUUGCAAAAAUCUAAUUGGUACCUUCAUGUGCAUUUGUCCUCCUGGGAUGACCCAGAGACCUGAUGGAGAAGGAUGCACAGAUGAAAACGAGUGCCGCUCCAAGCCAGGUGUCUGUGAAAAUGGGCGUUGUGUGAAUGUUGUUGGCAGCUACAGAUGUGAAUGUAACGAAGGAUUCCUGUCAAGUCCAUCAGGCAUUGAGUGUCUUGAUAAUCGCCGGGGGUUUUGCUUUGCUGAAGUUCUGCAGACCAUGUGCCAGAUGGCUUCGAGCAGCCAGAGCCUUGUCACCAGGUCCGAGUGCUGCUGUGACGGCGGCCGGGGCUGGGGUAACCAGUGCAGGCUCUGCCCCCUCCCCGGAACCACCCAGUACAAGAAACUCUGUCCACACGGAUCAGGCUACACCACAGAUGGAAGAGAUAUUGAUGAGUGUAAAGUCCUGCCAAACCUGUGCAGGAAUGGGCAGUGCAUUAACACCAUGGGCUCCUUCCGGUGCUUUUGCAAAGCUGGCUAUACCACUGACAUAACUAGCACAUCUUGUAAUGAUCUUGAUGAGUGCUCCCAGUCCCCCAGACCAUGCAAUUUUAUCUGCAAGAACUCAGAAGGGAGCUAUCAGUGCUCAUGCCCCCGGGGCUAUGUCCUGCAGGAAGAUGGAAAGACAUGUAAAGAUCUUGAUGAAUGUCAAACCAAACAACACAAUUGUCAGUUUCUCUGUGUCAACACCCUUGGAGGCUUCACUUGCAAAUGUCCACCUGGUUUUACACAACAUCACACGGCUUGUAUUGAUAACAAUGAAUGUGGUUCUCAUCCAUCACUGUGUGGAUCAAAAGGAAUUUGCCAAAACACUCCUGGAAGUUUUACCUGUGAAUGUCAAAGGGGAUUUUCUCUGGAUUCUACUGGAUUAAACUGUGAAGAUGUGGAUGAAUGUGAUGGAAACCAUAGGUGCCAGCAUGGCUGUCAGAACAUCCUGGGUGGAUACAGAUGUGGGUGCCCACAAGGAUUUAUCCAGCACUACCAGUGGAAUCAAUGUGUUGAUGAAAAUGAAUGCUCCAAUCCUCACAUGUGUGGCUCUGCUUCUUGCUACAACACCCUGGGGAGUUACAGGUGUGUCUGCCCCUCGGGGUUCUCCUAUGACCAGUUCUCCCAUGCCUGCCACGAUGUGAACGAGUGCUCUUCUGCCAAGAACCCCUGCAAUUAUGGGUGCUCCAACACGGAGGGUGGUUAUCUCUGUGGCUGCCCACCUGGCUAUUACAGAGUUGGACAAGGACAUUGUGUCUCAGGGAUGGGAUUUAACAAAGGCCAGUACCUGCCACUGGAUGGAGAUGCUGAUAGAGAGAAUGCUUUGUCUCCUGAAGUGUGUUACGAGUGCAAAAUCAAUGGCUACUCCAAACAAGACAGCAGGAAGAAGAGAAGUGCUAACGCUCUGGAGCAGGUGAGCUGGGGAAGCCUGGACACAGAGAGUCCCCUGAAGGUGCGAGUGGCUGUGUCCAGGCUGGGCAGCCAGGAGCCCAUCCUGGAGCUGCUGCCGGCCCUCAGGCGCCGCGUGCGCUACGCCAUCGCCCGCGGCAACAAGCACGGAACCUUCCAGAUGCUCCUGAGGGACGGUGCCAGCCGCCUGCACGCCAUCAGGGGCAGGGCAGCGCCCGGGCUGCACGCCCUGGACAUCACCAGCGUGGCCCUGCCCGAGGAGAAGGAGAUGGAGCAGCUGGAGAGCAGCCAUGAGGACAGCGACCUGCGAGGGGAGACGGGGGAGGCCCUCAGGGUGAGGCUGUGGGUGCACCUCUAUUAGCCGUGCUCCUGUUGUUCAGCCACUUCUUUUUGUGUCUACACACCCAAGAACAUCUGCUUUUCAAAGCCAGUCUGCUUUGGAAAAGUGUGUUUUGGGGGAGGAAGGCAGAGGGGAAGAACCCUUCCUUUCCAUCCUGCCAAGACUGCAGAACCGCCCUUUCAGGAGGGUGACUUAAAACUCUGCCACUGCCAAAACUUCUAUUUACAAGGGCAAAUCAUGGUUACUGUAUCUUUUAUAUAACCUCGAUUUAAAGUAUAUUUAAAAAGCUAAAGUUCAAAAAGUCAUCCUAUGGCACUAAAUGGCACAAAUAUGUGAGCUAUUUUUUUUCCUGUUAGCAGUCUGUAACACUUUGGGUAUUUUGCUAUAGUUCCUAAUGAAAAAAAUAAUUAUAGAAGUUUAUUUAUUUUUAAUGCAGUAAUAUAUGGAGAAAAUAACAAAUUAUGUAAACAAAAAGGGAAACUUGCUCGUUUUUCUUUAGUUUUAUAAAUUUGAGCUAUAACAUUUUAGAGGUACUUUCUUAAUCAAGAAAAAAAAGAAGUAGAUUUGAAAGAUGUUUUCUUUUCUACUUGGACCAGCAUCCAAACAGUAUAUAAGUAAUUCUAAAAUAUAUCAGAGCUGAAAGAUCAGUGUAGUAGAAUAUUCUGACGUGGGAGAUUGUAAACUGUUCCUAUAGUGGGAUAUUCUAAAGUGUUCUUGCAAAUGAGAACUAAGGAAAAAAAAAGGGGAAAAAAAAGUCAUAGAGGAAAAGUAUCACAAUAUCAGUCUCUGCAGAGAUCGUAUUUCACAGCAGCUCAAUGGGUUUGUGUUCUGAAUCACCCACAAAUGGUAGAGGAGGCACAAGCCCUGUAGCAAAAUACCUGGACUGUUUUUAAUCCCCUUAAACUGCAGAACCAAACUGUGCUGCCCUUCCCUCAGUGACCUCAUGAGCCAGCACAGGCAGCCGCACCUCAUGCUCAGAAAGGGUGCUCCACAAACUGGCAUUAAUUCCUGCAGGCAGCUGAAGGAAAUGUCUCUGAGAAGAGAAUGUUUCACUCUGUUUGGUGCUGGCUCGAAACCAGGCUGCAUUUCCUGAGCCCUGAGUGCUGUGUCAGGACUGCCACACCUGCAAACUCAAUUACUGCAGCGCAGGUGAGGAAAGUUAUGUAUUUGAAGUUCAUUUGUUAGAAAUCUCAUUAAUGCUGUAGUUAUACAUGCCUCAUUUUAUCAUAGCUUGUUCUGUAAGAAAGAUGAUUGUACAAUGACUUGAGUUUUAGUUUAGUAAUUUUUUUUUUCUUUUUACAUUUUGUACUGUCACGUGUUAAGUGUAUGUCUCAGUGGUGCUUUCUGUGGCAGCUGGUGCCUGUAACUGGCCAUGCAACAGAAUCUCACAUGUGAAAAUAGCCAAAGCACAUCCAGGAUUGUUCCAGUUGCAUGUAGGUGCUGACCAAAGACUAUACCAAGUUAAACUCAGUGAUUUUUCUUCUCUUUUGUUGAGUUUGGGGAUUUUGAAAAGAGAUGUUUUAAGAAAAAAAGCCUUCUCUUGAACAUUUGUAUCAGUAAGACAACAUUUUCUUGCA